AUGGCGGACAGGAGAGUCGUCGCGGAACUCGACUGCUCCCAGUUGCACGACGCACUGCCUGGGUUUGCCCCAGCUGGAAACGGCCUACUGCGCAACAGCUCCUCCACCCAGCUGCAUGACCUCCAGUUCUGGGAGAAAACAAUCAAUCUCAAGAUCCGAGAGAGAGAGAUUGUGUCGGUCGGCCGAGAUCCGGCGUCAAACAACCUGAUAAUCGACAACCCAUACGUAUCUCGAAAUCACUUCCAGAUCUAUUCUGUCAUCUACGAUGAAGACACCCAAUACGGAUAUGGAGAACUCCCCAUGGUUUACGUUCAGGAUUGCCAAUCCUUGGAGGGAACAUUUGUCAAUGAACGGCGUAUCGGAUCUAAGGCCCAAGGUCACACUCCUGGCUACCUUCUGAACCAUGGAGAUAAGAUUGAGAUUCGGCCAUAUUGGAAGUUCCACGUCAACUUGUGGAACAUGCCAGUCACGAGGCGCGCAUGGCCCAAGAUUCAGAUCAACGAGACGCAUAUAUUCCGCGACCGCUACAUCAUAUUCGACCGACGACUGGGAAAUGGUUCCGUUGGCACAGUUCAUCUUGCUCUGAAAGUGCGCAGCAAUCGACAGGUUGCCUGCAAAAUCCAUGACCUCGACAAGCUCAGAUCGCUCAAAGGCCAGCAGCAGACGGUUCGGCGUGUCAAUGAUGAGAGCGAUAUUCUUGCAAAGCUUCAUCAUCCGAAUAUCCUAAGAUUCGAGUAUGCGUACAGGUCCCGACACACGCUGUACACCUUCAUUGAGCUAGCCACAGGCGGCGAUCUGUUCUCGACUGUGCUCUUCCAUGAAGACAGCUUCCCGGCUACACUUGCACAGCUGAUAGUGUAUCAGAUUGUGCGGGCGAUCCGGCACUUGCACAGGCAAAACCUGACGCAUCGCGACCUGAAACCAGAAAACAUCUUCUUCGCAGAUGGUCCUUCGGGUCAAGGACGGGUCAUUAUGGGAGAUCUCGGCUUUGCGACAGGUACUGAUUAG